AUGCUGCACCUUGGGGUCACCUCUCUGCUGGUCCUCUUGCUGGGGGCCAGCCUCGGGACUGCUUUCCCCCGGAAGACCCCCGCUUCCUUACAAACCUGCAGCCUGUCCAAGUACCAGUUCCUCGCACCCCAAGAGCUGAAGGCUAUGUGGAAGAUGAAGGAGCACUUUGAGGACAUCACGGUGCUGUCGGACCGCGAAUGCCAGAGCAGGCUCUUCCACCGGAGCUGGAAGCCGGCGGAGCUGUCGAUGCCUGACCGAGUGAUGCUGGUGGAAGCUGAGCUGGACCUCGUCACCGCCAUGCUGGAGCUUCCCACCGCCCCCACCUUUGCCAGGAUGCGCCAGCGGCCCUUGGCCAUCCUUGCCCAAUGGCGGCAGAAGCUGCAGGCGGCCAAGAAAACAGAGACCACGGGCUGCCUGGAGGCCUCCACCAUCCUCAACCUCUUCCAAGUGCUGAGCGACCUGCAGUGCGCGGCUCUCCGGGAGCAGUGCGCUUAG